GUUGCUCUGCCCUUCCUUCCUCUGUUCUUUGGCCUUAUGUUCCCCGCCACCACAGACCUUCCCCUGCCCCACCCCUCUGCAUACUUAGCGCAUUGCAGGCGUGGAGGAUUAAUCAGUUACAGGAAGCUGCCUCUCUCGGAUUGGUGACUGGCUGUGGUCAGGACAGCCUUAGCAGGGCCAGCUCCAGGAGUCUUUCCCGAUUCCUGCUCACUGCUCACCCACCUGCUGCUGCCAUGAGGCACCUUGGGGCCUUCCUCUUCCUUCUGGGGGUCCUGGGGGCCCUCGCUGAGAUCUGUGAAAUAACAGAGGUGGACAGCCAUCUGGUAGAGAAGUUGGGCCAGCACCUCUUACCUUGGAUGGACCGGCUUUCCCUGGAGCACCUGAACCCCAGCAUCUAUGUUGGCCUGCGCCUCUCCAGCCUGCAGGCUGGGACCAAGGAAGACCUCUACCUGCACAGCCUCAAACUUGGUUACCAGCAGUGCCUCCUAGGCAAGGAUGACGGUGACUGCCAGGGCAAGCCUUCCAUGGGCCAGCUGGCCCUCUACCUGCUCGCUCUCAGAGCCAACUGCAAGUUUGUCAGGGGCCACAAGGGGGACAGGCUGGUCUCACAGCUCAAGCGGUUCCUGGAGGAUGAGAAGAGAACCAUUGGGCAUGAUCACAAGGGCCACCCCCACACUAGCUACUACCAGUAUGGCCUGGGCAUUCUGGCCCUAUGUCUCCACCAGAAGCGGGUCCAUGACAGCGUGGUGGACAAACUCCUGUAUGCUGUGGAACCUUUCCACCAGGGCCACCACUCUGUGGACACAGCAGCCAUGGCAGGCUUGGCAUUCACCUGUCUGAAGCGCUCAAACUUCAACCCUGAUCGGAGACAACGGAUCACCAUGGCCAUCAGGACAGUGCGAGAGAAGAUCUUGAAGGCCCAGACCCCCGAGGGCCACUUUGGGAAUGUCUACAGCACCCCAUUGGCAUUACAGUUGCUCAUGACCUCCCCCCUGCCUGGGGCAGAGCUGGGAACAGCAUGUCUCAAGGCGAGGGUUGCUUUGUUGGCCAGUCUGCAGGACGGAGCCUUCCAGAAUGCUCUCAUGAUUUCCCAGCUGCUGCCCGUUCUGAACCACAAGACCUACAUUGAUCUGAUCUUCCCAGACUGCCUGGCACCACGAGUCAUGUUGGAACCAGCUGCUGAGACCAUUCCUCAGACCCAAGAGAUCAUCAGUGUCACACUGCAGGUGCUUAGCCUCUUGUCACGGUACAGACAGUCCAUCUCUGUUCUUGCCGGGUCCACCGUGGAAGAUGUCCUGAAGAAGGCCCAUGAGUUAGGAGGAUUCACAUAUGAAACACAGGCCUCCUUGUCAGGCCCCUACUUGACCUCCGUGAUGGGGAAAGCGGCCAGAGAAAGGGAGUUCUGGCAGCUCCUCCGAGACCCCGACACCCCCCUGUUGCAAGGUAUUGCUGACUACAGACCCAAGGAUGGAGAAACCAUUGAGCUGAGGCUGGUUAGCUGGUAGCCCCUGAGUUCCCUCAUCCCAGCAGCCUCGCACACCCCCUAGGCUUCUACCCUCCCUCCUGAUGUCCCUGGAACAGGAACUCGCCUGACCCUGCUGCCACCUCCUGUGCACUUGGAGCAAUGCUCCCUGGGAUCACCCCAGCCACAACCCCUUUGAGGGCCCUAUACCAUGGCCCACCCUGGAGCAGAGAGCCAAGCAUCUUCCCUGGGAAGUCUUUCUGGCCAGGUCUGGCCAGCCUGGCCCUGCAGGUCUCCCAUGAAGGCCACCCCAUGGUCUGAUGGGCAUGAAGCAUCUCAGACUCCUUGGCAAAAGGAAGAGGAGUCCGCAGGCCACAGGUGUUAUGAGGACCACUCGUUCUGUGGUUGGGGUCCUGCAAGAAGGCCUCCUCAGCCCAGGGGCUAUGGCCCUGACCCCAGCUCUGCACUCUGCUGUUAGAGUGGCAGCUCGAAGCUGGUUGUGGCACAGUAGCUGGGGAGACCUCAGCAGGGCUGCUCAGUGCCCACCUCUGACAAAAUUAAAGCAUUGAUGGCCUGUGGACCUGCU